GGGGAUUCAUUCAGAACCUGAAGGGUCCUUCUCGCACACACCGAAAAAGAGAGAGCACGUCUGUCUGUCUGUCUGAGUGUGCGGCACCGUGACGGUGUCGAAACAGGUAUGCCAUCACAGACACAAAACAAGGUGACACACACCCACCUACGCCACUGGUGUGCCCAGCACGGGGGCUCUCUGUCCCCGGCUCCCUGCCUCCCGCCCGGCCGCCACACAGCAGCGCUAGUUGUGCAUUUGGCACAUGGCAGCAGCGUUAGGGGACACGGAGCAUCAAAAUGACACACACACGGACAGACACACAGACAGACAGACAGACAGACAGAAAUGCACUCACUGAUUUGAUCUCCCCCACGGAAGACGCACACGAGACACACACACACACACACACAAAACCACCUGUGCCUGUGCAUCAAGAACAUGCGCCACUCAUUGUGCACAUCCACAAAUUAAUUCGCAACCACCCUCCCUCACUCAGGCGGCCGCAGGACGUCCCCCGGCCCGGAUUGCUCGAAGCCCACAUCACAAUGGGGUCUCGGGCUACUUGGCCACGCAUCACGAGACGACAGGGGAGUGUCGCCCCUGCGGCUGGAUGAAUUGCUCGCCGCCCCCUGUCCCUCCUCUCCCUGCUGCUGCUGCUGCAGGUGCCGCACCGUGGCCUUGCGGAUGGCGCACCCAUCUCGAUCGCACCCGUCGCAGUGAGAGAGAUCGAGCUGGGUCUCGCCGUCGCCGCCCUCACGGUGCGUCAGCUUCAGCAGACCCCAGGCCGGGUGGGUGGCAGGGAGAGAGGACAGCCCGCCGUUGCCGCCCAGGUGCUUGCCGCUCCGACGGGCCGCGCACGCAACGGCAGCUGCACACGGACAAAGGAAGACCGCACACACUCACUUACCCGUCCGUCACACACAGUGGCUUGGCUCGUGGCUUCAAGCUGCUCACCCAAGAGGUACGCCUGCGGUCCACUGGGUAAGGGGAAAUCGGAGGGGUCGGAUGGCGUGGGUGGCGAGCCGGGCGUCUGCUGGCCUUGGCUCGCGGGGCUGGUGGGGCCUACGGACGGCGACAGGGUCCUCCGCGGGAUCGUCACACGCAGCCGGCUCGCACUGGCGCUGCGCCUCAGCCCCAGACCCCCACCCGGAUUGGGGCGGCGGGGCAGCAGCAGGGAGGUGGCUUGAGACGACGUGUCGAUGGGGGUAAGGCGGGGCAGGGUCAGGGGCUCGCGGCACUCGAUGGCCUUCCGACGGCCACGGCGAUGUCGAGACGACAGCGGCAGCUCGACAGCCUCGUGGUGGGUGUUGGUGUGGGUGAUGUGCGAUGAUGAGCUGGACGGGCGGGCGCUGCCGUUGCUGCCGUAUAGUGUGGAUGGUGUGCUGUAGUGGAGGCUCAGGUUGGGGUCAGACUCGAUGCGCUUGGUGUCAAAGGUGGUGGUGGUGUGUGGGGGCCGAGUGACGCCCUCGUCGCUCACUCGCGCGGGCGUGAUAAAGAUCGGUGCCGCGUCACUCUGUGGCUGGGUCUCGGUUUGCUGUCUGCCGCCAACCGCGGUGUCUUUUUCGUCCGAUGUGUCGGACUCUGCGUCGCACUCGGGCAGAGUGGAGAAUACGGGCGUGUACUCGUGAAGUGAGUCCUUGAGGUGUGCCACAUCCUCCUCCUCGACCCAAUUCGACCUGACCGACCACAACACACACACACACACACACAGAGAGAGAGAAGCUGAUACGUUGGUUGGUGGCAUGGGUGCAAUGCAUUGAGGGCGGGAAGGAAGGGAUCGCAUGCACACACACAUACGCACCCACCCCGCGAAUGUGUCGGCCAUGGAGUCGAUGUUGGCGUUCCAGUAGUUGCUGUUGCUCCGGAAACUGCGCCUGGUGCACCAUACAGGCAAGACAACAGACAGGUGAGCUGAGCUGAGCCACCUUAUUCACUCACAGUCCGGCUCGCCUCGCUUACUUGAGUGCGCCGAUACAGCCGAGGUACUUGGCGUGCCGGAAAAAGUAGGCAAAGCACAUGCCGUUGGACCUUGAAGCAUCCAUCGUCCAUGUAUGUCGUGACACACACAUCCCAUGCAUCCUUGGGUGUGGUGUUGUCUGUGUGGUGGUGUUUUGAUGAGGUGAGUGAGGUGCAUGUGUUGUGCUGGUAGGUAGGGUAGCAUACCUACCAGAAAGAGAGUGAAUGCUGGAUGGCGGCCAGGAACUCUGGAUGCUCGAGGUAGUAGCCCGUGAAGACCAGCUUGGAGCAGCCGUGGAUGAGGGCGUUGAAGUACGCCAGCUGCGUGAUGUUGAAGGCAAACAUCGUCAGCAGAGAGCGGGAGAUGUCCUGCAGGCAGGCACCACACACACCACAGCCAGCCAACACACGUGUGACACACAGUGAUAUAUGCGCCCCGCCCUCGUUGCGUGUUCAGCCCGCGUUUAUACGUACGUAUUCAUUGACGUCAUCCGGUACAUUCUUCUGGCAGUUGCCGAAGGAGGAUGCGAUGACGUUGCCAGCGAGCCCCACACUCUGGUAGUCGCCGCCGUAGAUGUCGCCGACCAACAUGUCGACCUUGCUGUUGUCGCCCCGCACCCCCAUCUUGACUGCAUCGGCCGGCAGGUGGGCAGACUCGCACAGCAUCCGCGACAGACCCAUGAAGGUGCCGCCACCGAUCGUCGAACCACCCUGCUCACCUCACAACGAACGGAAUGCAUGCCAUGUCAGGCAAACAUCAAUCAGUGAGUGCAUCUCAUGGCAUGGCCUGGCCAGUCCGUUCGUCUGUCUGUCUCCCUGCCUCCCUCCCUCCCUCCCUCCCUCUUGUUUGAGCGCUCACCACCCGCACGCUGCGAUACGCCGACUCAACCUGUCAGACAACACAGACGAGACGCGUGGCGUACCCACCAGUUCGUAAGCAAGUAGGUGCACUGACUGAAUGGCUGCGUGUCUGUCUCCGGCUUUGCUUACAUAGUGAAAGGCCACACCGGCCUUGACGUUGACGAGCAGGAAGGGGUAGAAGUUGUCCAGCUCCUCCUGAGUGACCCCCACACUCUCGUAGUCACACGCAUCGGCAUGGUCGCUCACGCGACGAUGCGACGAGGAGCUGCUGGCGCCACCAAUGCUACCGCGAUGGUUCCUCCCCGCCAAACACCCCAGCGUAUCCACGAUCUCGUCACCCGCACCAUCAUCCACCGACACACACCCACUGCCGGCCUCUGCGCCACCACCAGCGUCAGUAUCAGCGUCGGCACCAACACUCGGCAGCAGGUCGGAGUUGAUGGACCGGAACGCAGAGGCAGACGGCGACACGUCAUCAUCCCCCUCGCCAACGGUGGAGAGGAGCUCCUCCUCCAACGAGCAGCUCUUCUUGGCCACAUUGAUGGGCCGGGAGGUCUUGAUGAAGCGGAAACAUGCGUCCUUGCCCAUCACGGCCAGCACGUGCUCGAUGCCCUGCAGGAUGCACCGCACCUCCCUGUGGACCUCAGGCACCGCCCCGAAGUCCUUUCGGAUGCACUCCUGAAGGUCCGCCCGCAACGCCCCCGCCCCCGUGCACGACGCACUGGCGCCGUCCACCAGCUGGGAGCGGAAAUACUGCCCGGCGGGCGACUUGAGGAACUCCUGCAGCUCGUCGUAGCGGAAGUCAAAGAAACGGAUCUCUCGAUGAAUCUCGCGCAGGGCGUCCUUUGCAGAGAGGGGGAUGCGCGGCCGGCGCGGUUUGUCGUCGUCUGUGUCUGUGUGUGCAUGGCCGCUGAUGGGGCUGGGACAACUGGUGUGUGAGGGUGACGUCGGGCCGCUGCCGAUGUCCUCUUCGUCGUCGACCUCGACCUCGUCGAUAGGGAUGCAGAAGGCGACGCUGGCGAUGUACCCACCUGCAAUGCAAACACAAAGCAAACAGAAUGAACAGAGAUACUUCUCUGCUGUCUAAUCUGCCUUGGCUCACCCAUGUCAACUCCAACAUGGUUCCCCAUGGGUGGCCACGUCUUUCAACCGCCUCUCCACUUCUCUCAGGCAACGAUACAGCUACCCACGCGCCUCAGGAAGCCCUCUACGCCUCGUGCCAGGGGUAGUCGGGGAGAAAGAAAGAAAAAAGCAGUGUUCGAAACCGAUUUAAGGACUGAGUCAGCGUCGUGCGUUCUCCUCCUUCCAUCUUCACAGGCUGUUGUUG